AUGUUGCCAAACAUCGGUCCCAAUUUCAGCAGCCCUAUCGUGCCGGCUGUUAUAUUGAUUCUCAUUUGGGUGCUCGCGCUAUCGACAAAGGAAAACCGUGCUGUUCAUGGAGGAUGGGACAGUAAAGAUGAUGGCGAUCACAGCAGUGGGAGUAGCGGGGGCUACCGGCUUCUCCAUGGAAUAUGGGACAGCAAGAGUGAUGGCAGUCACAGCAGUGGGAGCGGCAACAGUUUGUUUGCCAGUCCCUCGCCUGAAUCCAAGUACGACUCUGCGGAUCUCGCCUUGAUGGAAACCUGUAAAAAUACCAAGUGGACAGAUGGACUUUGGUUGAGCUGCCACAGCGAGUGUGGCCCCAACAAGACGUCCAUUUGCGGAGGACUCAAUAAUGCCCGAAACCGUCUGCAGACCUGUCUGCGACUGGCCAUCGAUAUCGGCGCGGGUGUCAACUUCCCUCACGUGACGCAGCGCAGCGAAGGCGACUGGUUCGCGACCGACAGUGGUAUCAUCUGUCCCGACAAGUGGUACGAUAUGGAGAGGCUCAAGAAACACAUGGCCGAGCGGUGUCCCAGCCUGCGCAUGAACGCGUGCGCAUCAGAACUGGAGGGGAACAGCACCGAACUCAACAUCCCUGGCAGAUACUACAUGGAUAAGCCGCAUUUCAACGAGACAUGGCGCACGCUCGUAAACGACACACUCGUCCAGAGCAACGUCUCCUUGAGCGACGUAAAUCCCGAGAACCAGCUGCUCUUACGCUAUCAAGACAGUCACGUUGCGUGGAGCUACCGCGACUCGCGCGAGAUGACAACCAUGCGCAAGGCGCUUUUCAACGCCUUACACUUCAAUCGAACCCUGCUGGCCAUCGGCGAACAGCUGGUUUCGUCGGAGGGUCUGAAGGGCGGCAACUUCAUCGGUAUACACUUGCGAGCCGAGAACGACUGGCCGCUCAAAUGGGGCACGCCGGAGGUGCAAAUGGAGCAGCACGCCGCCGAGGUCCGCAAGACAAACAAGGAGGCCGACACCCCUACAAAGACUGUAUACGUCAGCUGUGCCGACCGCGACGUGAUUCAAAGGUUUCGCGACAUGAUGGCCCCGGACAACUACACCGUGACGGAUAAGUGGAUGCUUUUCGCGGAUCGGCCCGAGAUGCUGGAGAUUAUCGGGAGUCUGCCAUUCGACCAGAAAGCGAUCAUCGAAUAUGCCGUGCUGCUCAGGGGUCGUUACUUCCAAGGCAACCUGAUUUCUACCAUGUCAUCGCUCGUGGCGUAUGCGCGCACCAGGGACCAACCCGAGGAAUUCUUUUCCACACAUAUCUACCCGAACACAAUCAGAUGGGGAAUAGACAGGUACUACAGUGAGCCCUUCACAAUGAGGGGCGAUAAGCACACAAAGGAGUUUAUAAUCAGUGGGCAGGAUAUUAUGGAUGCUUUUCCUUAA